AUGGUUUCAAUCCAAAAUUAUGUUUUACAGGACCUAUCCCAGAGUCUGGAACAAAACAUUACAACAGAAUUUGCCAGACUUCAUCAGUUUCUCCAGGACAAAGAGCAGCAGCUGAUACAACAGCUCAAAGAGGAAGCAAAUGGAAUUCUAGAAAAAAUGAAGAAAAGUCUAAAUGAAAUUCAAAAAAUGGCAGAAACUAUUCAAAGGGAAAUAUCAGACAACCGUUCAACACUGCAGCAGGAGGACCCUCUGCUUUUUCUUUCAAGUCUCAAGAGUGAAACAGAAAGGAACAAAGAUAGUCAGGAAGUAAAAACUGAUGCUGUAGAACUGAUUUCUGAAGAUCUGACUCUGGGGGUGUACAAAGGUCCUCUACAGUACAAGGUCUGGAAGGAGAUGCUAUCCAUCAUCAUCCCUGUUCCAUCACCUCUGACCCUGGAUCCUGACACAGCACAUCCUAAUCUCAUUCUGUCUGAGGACCUGACCAGUGUGAGACAUGCUGAAGUUACACAGCAUCUCCCUGACAAUCCUAAGAGAUUUAAUACUUACAUCUGUGUACUUGGGAAAGAAGGCUUUAAUUCAGGGCAACAUUACUGGGAGGUGGAGGUGAAGAACAAGACUGUAUGGGAUGUGGGUGUCACCAGAGAAUCCAGCAAUAGGAAGGGAUGCUUUGCAAUGACUGCAAAGCAUGGAUAUUGGAGGAUGAUACUGAGGAAUGGGAAUAAGUACACAGCUAUAGGUUCAUCUGUGAAUUUAACCCUCACUGUGAAACCCCAACGGAUCGGGGUGUACCUGGACUAUGAAGGGGGAGAGGUCUCAUUCUAUAAUGCUGACAACAUGUCCCAUAUCUACACCUUUACUGACAAAUUUACUGAGAGAAUCUAUCCUUACUUCUGCCCCGGUCUUAAUCAUGAGGGAGAAAAUGCAGAGCCCCUGAAACUGUGUCACCUGAAACUGUAAUCUGAAUAAUAAAUUGUUCUAGCACUCAA